CCAACUAAAGCCAACGAGUGACGAAUGUGCGCGUAUUUGAGUUUAUGCGUCUCACUCUAUGUUUCUUUAUUAUGGCCUGGAUAAGUUCAAGUGUUUUACAAGUCUGUUUGCUUGCUUCGAGAAACAACCAUUCGACAGCAGCGAUCUAAUUUCUGUGCACCUUGGUCGUUUUAACGCUGUAUCCGUCUCUGCGACAGGAACAGCGUAUCUUCAUGGAUUUCGUGAUGUUCAUGAGCAGGAGCAUGUGCUGGGUCCCAAGGAAGAGGUAUCGAAAGCUGUUCUUGGCACCAGACCUGUUUGCAUUAUAACGAAAUCUGGUGACCUUCUCUUCUGGAAUGAUGUGGGAUGCCAGCCUGAUAGGAUAUCAACAGAAGGCCCUGUUGAAGAUGUCGCCCUUGGAAAUGAAGAUGCCAUAAUACUACAGCGAGACGGCACCAUGGGCAGGCUCCUUCAUUCAACAUUGAAUGUGCAACCCAUUAGUCUGUUCCACAAGGUAGCAGCAGUUGCUUGUGGCAUGGCUCAUAACUUGGCACUGACUUAUGAGGGUGUUGUGUUUACAUGGGGAUGCUCAAACCAUGGAGAACUUGGUCAUGGGACACUGGAUUCUGAAGGAGCCCCAAAAGUUGUAGAAGCUCUUGAGGGGAUUUAUAUCAGGAAAAUUGCUGCUGGAGGAUGGCAUUCCGCAGCUCUCAGUGGUUAGUUAUUGCCUGUUUUCUCUCUCUCCACAAACACGCACGUCGGUCUGAUAUACAUGUAUUUUCUGCUGUAUGGGGCACUUAACUGCAGCGCACUAAUACAUGCAGGAACGUGUGAGUGACGGAUCAUCUAACCACGAAAUGUGAUGUAUUUCAUUAUCAACUGCCUCUUUGUUUUUAAAAUAAUAUAUCGAAUUUGGACGACUCCACUUUUGUAGUAUACCUCA